GUUGGGGGCUUACAACAAGAGAGUGAAAGCAACUGUUUAGACCACAGAGGUUAACAUGUUAGCAGCGAGCACUGACGAUCUUUAACAUGCUGAAGGUGGUCUGGGUGGGAGGAGGGAGAGAAAAGUGUUGAGAAAGUAGUAAACGUAAAAUAAACCAACAACACUGGUGAGGUAGAUAGGGGAGCAGAAGAGACGACACUGUUUCCUGUGUGGCAAAGCUAGUUAGAGGAUGUUAAUGUCACUGUAGGUCGCUAAGCAUCAACACUGGGAGUCAACUCACCUUCUCAGCACUGCCAAUCAGACGUAAGGGAGGGGUCAACAGACAUUUUACAGCAAUUUUUACUCUGCGAGUCAACAUAUCCGGAGACGACAUCUGAGAGAAGCGUCAGAUCAUCCGAUCAUCAACAACUGAAUAUUCGAACACAGGCCAAUCAGACGUAAGGGAGGGGUGAAACACGCUUUAGAGCAAUUUGUACCCAGCAAGUCAACACAUCCGGAGAGGACGUCUGAGAGAAGCGUCAGAUCAUCCGAUCAUCAAAAACUGAAUAUUCCAACAAAGCUCAGGGACAGAAUGCUGUUCUUAUGGGCGCUGUUACUCCUGCUGCCUCCACCUUCCUCAGCUGCAGGAAACUCAGAGGUGUUUUUCGCACAGGUGGGGGGCUCAAUAACUCUUCCCUACAAGGGCCACCUAGAAAAGGAGAGUGUAUAUGUGAAAUGGUUCUUCUUUUCUAAUCAAGAAGACUUAUUGAUUUGGAAGCACCCCAAACAAGAUUCUCCCAAAAAUGAGGCACCGGAGGAGUUUGAGAAGCGAGUGUUUCUUUCAAAAGAUUCCUCCCUCGUCAUUAAUCCUGUUCAGGAGACCGACUUUGCUCGCAGUGGAUUCUUUAAAUGUGUAGAGCAAGAUUACAAAAGCAAGAUUGAGAAGGAGUUUAGACUGUACCGUGUGUACAUGCCCUCUGCUCUGACCCUCCUGGCCGGUGAUGAUCUCUCUCUGUCCUGUCAGACGGAGGCUGGUGUGACUGCCCCCUCUGUAAGGUGGAUCUCACCCAGCAGUGAAACUUACAGCGCGCAGCCCAAGAACUCACUGAGCGUGACGAACAUCUCCUCCCAGCACAGCGGAGUCUGGACGUGUCAAGCGGAGUCUGAUCCUCCCAAAUUAAAAGCUACAACCACUGUGACCGUCAUAGACCUCUCCCCCUCUCAACCUAAUGGCGUGUACACCUCCCUCUCCUCCGGCUCUCCCUGGCUCCCUUGCUCUUUGUCCUCUGCAGUCUCCUGGUCAGCCGUACAAGAGAAGGGCCUGCGGACGGGCAGCUGGAGCUUCACUCCACUGAACCCGACUCACGGGCCCAAAGAGCAGCUCCUCCUGCAGCUCCAGCCCCCUAUAGCCUGGAAGAAGACAAACAACUCAGACACCCCAAACAAGCCCUUCCUUGAAGAGAGGGAGCUGAAAGACCGCGACCUGUCAGUGAAGAUCCCGAAGGUGUCUCUGGACGUCAGGGGGACGUACACUUGCAGCCUGGAGUUCAGCGUGGGCAGAACGCUCAGCCGGACGCUGCAGCUGGAGGUGCUGGAAGUGCUCUCCUCCCCCAGCGCUGCCCCUCAGGGUGUGAUGGCGCGGGCGGGCGAUACGGUGAACCUGACCUGCACUCUGGGCCACUCGCUGCCAUCUGGUGACCUGCAAGUGACAUGGGUCCGCCCAAAGUCAUCUGUCUUCUCUCUUGGUAACCCUCCUCAUCCUGCACGUCUAUCCAUCCCUGCAGUGACGGUGCAGGACAGCGGGCAGUGGAGAUGUGAGCUGAAGAAGAACACGAUGACUCUGACAUCUGCUACAGUGACGCUGGAAAUCAAAAAACGAGUGGACAUUUGGGUUUUUGUGGCCAUUGGCAGUGCUUUGGUCUUCAUCUUGCUCCUCGCCAUCACUGUCUUCUUCUUUCGUAGACAUAAACAGGCCAAGAUGUUCAGGCGGCGCAGGACCAAAUUCUGCUGCUGUAAGAAUCCCCAGCCCAAAGGGUUCUACAAAACUUGAGGAACAUCUCUGCCCAGAAUGACCAGACCCACUGAAGUCUGAGCUCGUGGGACUGAUGGAUAUGAAGAUGGAAGUAAAAUGUUUCAUAACAAGACGCCCAUUUUGUAAAUAUGAGCUGGCGGUGAAUCCUGCAGCAAAACUGAAAAUGCUCCUCUACAGAGACUGUCAACACAGAAACAUGGUAUUUAGUGUAAUAUGAUUGUACAAUUACUCACUUUAGGAUGCUUUAAUGUUUAUAUUGUAAUGUUAUGUAUUGUAAUAAACAUUCCAUUGAAUAUUACCGUAUAAUCUCAUAUACACUAUCUGGCCAAAAGUAUGUUCCUAAUUAUUGAGUUCAAGUGUUUCAGCCGCACUCAUUGCUAACAAGUGUAUAUAAUCAAGCACAUAGCCUUGCAGCCUCCAUAGACAAACACUGGCAGCAGAACAGGUGGUACUGAAGAACUCAGUGACUUUAAAUGUGCCACAAGGCAAUUCAUGAAAUUCCUGCCCUGCUAGAUCUGCCCCAGACAACUGUAAGUGCUAUUACUAUGAAAUGAAAGGAGCAACAGCAGCUCAGCCAUGAAGUGGUAGACCAUGCAAACUCACAGAGCGGGGUCCUCUGUUGCAUUACUCACUAUGAAUUGCCUCCAGAAACAACAUCAGCACAAAAACUGUGCAUCAAGAACUGCGUGAAAUCAGUUUUCAUGGCUGAGCAGCUGCACACAAACCUGCUAUGUGCAAUGCCAAGUGUCG